AUAUAAGAAGGGUGGUAGAAGGGUGGGAAUGAAUAGAUAGGUAGAUUUAUAGAAGUGAGAGUCUUGGAAAAAUUUGAGAUUUGAGAUUUAAGAGUUGAGAUUUAUAUUUGAAUUUGAACUUGAAAUUGGGGAAGAAGGAAGUACGAGUAGGACGACCUGUCAGUGAAAAGAGGCGAUAAGUUGAAAAUUGAACAUUGGUGAUCUAUAAGGUUUCUAACGUCAGGAGAGAAUACGACUGUAUACGACAACAACAGCAAAUAGGACAGCGACAACGACAGAGAAUAUCCAAAAAUUUAUUACCUACUCGCUCGCCAAAAAUACAUACUCAACAUGUCCGAUUCAGAAAUCUCUACAUACCCCAAAACACCACGAAAUACCGUGCAGAGAUAUAGAAAUCUAGGUAUUUUUACUUCUCUUCCUUUUGCUCCCCCUUCUCUCCUUUUUUUUAUACUCCUACUCUUCUUCCCCAUUUCCCAUUGUCGAUUUCCAUCACUGCACUGCACUCUCAUCACUUCCUCCUGUCACUCUUCCUUUUUCCUCAUCUAUCAUUCACCACUCCUCAAUCACCCUUCUCUAUUCCUUUCCUUUUCCUUUCCCCUACAUCUCACUCUCAUCCAUACAUGUUCUCCAUAUAACUCGAGUAUCGAUCCUUCCAAUCUAUUAUUCAACUACCAGCUAACUAACCACUCUCUUUUCUACAUUAUAGCAAAAUACGAUCAUCAUACUAUUCAUAGUAUUAUAAAUAGUUCGCCGUUUUUGCAUGUUUCUUGUGGGUUUGGAUUGUUUCUUUUUAUUGUGUAUUUUUGUGUUUGCUCUACCCCUAGGUCAUUCAUGUGGUCUUUUUUGUUUCAUGUUCUGUUCUACUUAAGUUCGAUUUUUAUGUCUUAUUCUUCGUCAUCAUGGUGAUUUACAAAUCUCUCCCGUUCACUUGCUUAUUAUAUCCUCUCUACAAUUCCCCCCUUGCCAUCCCAAUCCCAACCACAGUCCCCCCAACACAACCACAAACCACCCACUAACCCCUCCUCCCUCCUAGUCAACACCCCUUCCCCAUCCGAUCCCUUCCCCGCUCUCCUCCCCAUGAUAGGUUUCGCAGGUAAAUACAACCCGCAAAACCCUGAUGAAGAAGAUAUCGGCGAAGGAGCAAAUAUAUACAUUCACGGCUAUGUAAGUAGUCGAUUGAUGAGAAUGGGGAAGAGUGCUGGAGAAGGAGGAGGAGGAGGAGAUGAUGAUGAUGAUGAAGAGGAAAAAGGAUUACCUAUGACGGUUGCGGCGACUUGUUUGGAUGGAUUGGUUUUGGCACUUGCGCCCUAUAAUCAUAGUGAGUUGGUUGCCCUUUUUUGUUUUCUUUUCCCGUAUUUUUAUUUCUAUUUCCGUUUUUGUUUUCGUUUUCGUUUUUUUGAUUCUUGGUCUGUUCAAUUUUGGAGGGUGGUGGUGUUAUGUUGAGCCCAUUCAUUUGAAUUCAUUCGACUUUGUUCACAUACCCGGAUAAUGGAAGCAGGGGAAGAAAAGGUGGAAAGGAGAGAAGGAAACGAAAGGCUGACUGAAAACAUCCAGAUUACAAUUACCGUAGUGCAGUUAUCCAAGGAUAUGGACAAGUCGUCGAGGAUGUAGAUGAGAAAUUAGUACGUUUAUUCACUCCACUCCCUAUUCAGUACUCCACUCCCUAUUCCCUCAUUCUUCUACAUCUCUUCUUUUAUAUCACUUCAUCCCAUCAUCAAUCCCGCCAUCAUUCUCCUCAUCUAUCCCGUCAUCAAUCCCUCCAUUAAUCCCUGCUCCCCAUUCCCCUCUUCUCAGACCCCUUCUUCCGCAAAGCAAACCCUUCCCCUAAGACCCCUCUUCCACCCAUAAACCACGCCCACCCCAUCCAAGUCCAAAUCCAAACCCCUAUCCAAAACAACCUCUUAACUAACACCUCAACCAGUGGGCCAUGAAAAGAUAACCAACACCGUCCACCCCGCCCGCUGAAAACAGCCGCAACUCACCCACCA